CGCUGGGCGCCUGUGCGGACAGACUGGCAGAGCCGAGGAGGAGUAGUAGUGGGGACGGGGCCAGCUGACCGGAGGAGGGCGCUGUGCUGCACGGGGAACUUUUUUACGUGCGGCAGGUAGGCGAGCGGAUGGAGUCGUGCGGGAUGGAUGCAAUGCAGCCAGCUGGGAGCCGAACACUGUCCUAACCUUCUGCACCGAGCUGCACAGCGACCCCCGCGCUGGAGCUGGUGGACCGCGGUACUGCACACCUGGGGAUACGGGCGUCGUGGGGUGCAGCCCAUGUUGAAUCUGGACCUCCGCUGCUGAUCUGCCUCUACCCUCGGCUUGGGGAGACCCUGACUCGCCUCCUCCUCCCUCUCCUGAAGCUUUCCCUGGGGCUUUGUUCCUUCCUGUCCCGCAGUGGCUCCCAAGUGCUGCUGCUGCGGUGCUGGCGGCGGCUCCUCCACCGAGCCGGCGCCCCUGGACCCGGAGAACGGGGGCUCAGCUGGCCCCAGCGAGCGGGCACUGAAAACUGGACGCAUCAAGAGGAUGGUGCGGCUGGCAGCGGAGCUCCUGCUGCUGCUGGGACUUGUGCUGCUCACACUGCACAUCACUGUGCUGAGAGGGAGCCCUGCCAGCCCUGCCAAUGUCAGCAGCCAGCACCAGAAUGGUGAAUCAUCUUCAGAAUCCAGCUUUCCAUUUUCCAAUGGUGAAAGACAAGAAUAUCUAGAAGACCAGGCUACACGUAGGUCUCUACCUAAACAUCAUCUUAUGACCAAUGGACACUCCUCUUUACAAAGAGAUGGACCAGGCUCAUUCCUUUUGGAUCUCCCAAACUUUCCGGACCUGUCCAAGGCUGAUGUUGAAGGUCAAAAUCCAAACAUUCAGGUUACAAUUGAAGUAGUUGACGGAGCAGACAUAGAGCCGGAAAAUGAAAUGCCAAAGGACAACAAGCCCAGCUGGCCAGUUCCAUCACCUGACUGGAGAAGUUGGUGGCAGAGGUCAUCAACACUACCCAGGAUAAAUUAUGGAGGCCAGGAUUACAAAUAUGACAGCACCACUGAGGAUAGCAACUUCUUAAACCCUCUGAGUGGGUGGAACAGGCAAGUUCCCAGUCACCGUACACUUGAUCUGAAGGAACAGCCAGAGUAUGAUUAUGCAGAUGGAGAAGGUGACUGGAGCACAUGGUCUGUUUGCAGUGUUACAUGCGGCAGUGGAAACCAGAAACGUACCAGGUCCUGCGGAUAUGCCUGCACAGCCACGGAGUCCAGGACGUGUGAUAUGCCAAAUUGUCCAGGAAUUGAAGACACAUUUAGAACAGCAGCAACAGAAGUGAGUCUCCUCGCCGGGAAUGACGAAUUUAAUGCCACAAAGUUGUUUGGAGUUGAUACUGACAGUUGUGAACGUUGGAUGAACUGCAAAAGCGAGUUCCUCAAGAAGUAUAUGCAUAAAGUAGCUAACGAUCUUCCAAGCUGUCCUUGCUCUUAUCCUACAGAAGUUGCCUACAGCACCGCGGAUAUAUAUGACCGCAUUAAACGGAAAGAAUUUCGCUGGAAGGAUGCAAGUGGUCCGAAAGAGAAACUUGAGAUUUACAAGCCAACAGCGCGGUACUGCAUACGGUCAAUGCUUUCUUUGGAUAGCACAACUCUAGCUGCCCAGCACUGUUGCUUUGAUGACAGCAUGCAAUUAAUCACUCGGGGUAAAGGCGCAGGCUCCCCAAAUCUGAUCAGCAUAGAGUUUUCUGCAGAGCUGCAUUACAAGGUGGACAUAUUACCAUGGAUCAUGUGCAAAGGUGACUGGAGUCGGUAUAAUGAGGUGCGACCUCCGAACAAUGGACAAAAAUGCACAGAAAACCCCUCAGAAGAAGACUAUUUAAAACAGUUCCAAGAGGCCCAAGAAUUCUAGACACUUGCCAUGAUGGAAAGAUAUUUAUAGCACGAUGGGGUCACCAUCUUCAUUCUUGUCUUGGGGUGUACAAGACUUGUGCAAAUAUCUACCUUAUUUGUAACCAAUGUGGAUACAUGUGUGUAUCUAGACUACCCUAGGCAUCUCUAUAAAAAAAAAAAAUGGCAGAUGGUAAUUUUUAAUCGAUCCUGUGAAUUAUUUACGUAAUUACAUUUUGCUUAUACUGGCCCUGUUAAAGCUGGAGCUCUGUGUAGAAGACAGCUUUUGGUUAUGUAACCUGAUGACCUGCCAUUGCUUGCUGCUGCAUAGACUGACUGUGAUGCUGCCACAAUGGCCAGAUAGUCCUCCAGUUGCUGCCUGAGAUUUACUGUUAGAAGUCCUAAUUUUAAGGACCACAUGGGCUGUUUAUACUUUGCCCAUUAAAGGGUUUUUCCAGUUAUAAUGAUUUUUUAGGCAAGUGCCCGCAGCCUGCCUGCUGAAGCAGCUCCACACCUCUGUGAUCCUCCAUUUUCCUGUUCCCGCACUGUUUACAUCCAGUGGUGCAUGAGCAUGGUGGACAUCACCGCUGAAGCUAAUCACAGGCUGGAGCAGUGCAUAUGACCAUGCCCAUGCACUACCGGUAAGCAGUGCUGGGACCAGAAGAUGGAGGCAGCACAGAGGGAUGGAUUGGCAUGGAGCAGGUGCGUAUGCCUGAACUGCAGGUACUUGCUCAAAAGUCAUUAUAACCAGAAACCCCCUUUAAGUCCCUGUUGCCCUGGCAUAUUUCUUUAUAACUAGGCUAAUUAUCAGCAUUCAAGCAUCCCACCGUCCUUUCAUUCUCACAGCAAAAUUUUCUGCUCCUUACCAAGUAAUCAGUAUUGGAGAUCUGGCUGCCCCCAUAAAUAUAACGUGUAUAAUUGACUGACCUGAAUGUCGUCUUAAAGGGAAUGGGAUUGGAAUUGGUAGUCUACAAAGCUCCUAUUGAAGUCAAUGGGAUGGCUGGGUUGGGUCCUCUAGAGCAAUGGAUGACUAAUAGGUGUUAACCCUGAACAGAAGACCCCCCAAUUAACUCAUAUUUCCCUAAUAGGGUAUUUAUAAACUUUUAAAGGGGUUGUCUGGUUUAGUAAAAUCAAAUUUUCAGACUUCUGUUGGGGGUCAAGCCCAUAGAUGAUUUAUUUAUACAUCUCAUCCCAGUUAAUGGGCAAGUAAAAUAGAAAACAAAGUAUUAAAUGGAUUGUCUGACAUCCAUCAAAAAUGAGUAGCUGGCUGGAUAGCGUUUCCAAAGAUGAGUACUUUUUUGAGGGUUUUUUUUGUAUCUUUUUCAAAGUCACACAAUUCCAGUACUACGGCCCUUGUCCCCACUGGACCAGAAGUGAGGCACAGGCUUAGAGGUCACGUGCCGGGAUGAUAACUGUGGUGCUAGAAUGGUGGGACCUUCAAAAAGGGAGUGAUGUUUUUUCCAACCACAAAUUUUUUAUGAAUGUUAGAUAACUCCUUUAACAAGCUAUUAAAUGGGUAUUUCUGUUGUAUCAAGUUAUUCUUCUAUGCAAAGAACAGAGGAUAACUAUUAGAUUUGUGGAGGUUCUACCCACGAGACCCCCGCCAGUCACAGGAACUGGGGCCCUCUGAAAUAUAUGGAGCGGCAGGUUGAGCAGGCACUGUGCUGCUCCAUUCACUUCUUUUAGGAUGGCCGGAGAUAGCAGAGUAGAGCACUCCGCUGUUUCUAACAGUCCCCUAGAGAAGAAUGGAGUGGCAGUAUGCAUUCUCGACUUGCUGCUCCAUUCAUUUCGGGUGGGCCUGCAGGUUACAACUGCCCCGUUCUUGUGGUAGAUGGUGGUCCCAGUGGUCAGACCCCCCACAGAUAAUAGUUAGAACUUGAUAUAACCGGAAUACCCCUUUAAUUACAAAACUAUUGACGUUCCUAUUUGUUACUAUGUAAAAUAUCCUUUCUCUUCCAGCCACAUCUUUCAAACCUACUCGUUGGUCUGAGAGGUUUAAUGAAAAAUGUACAUAUUUAAAAUAUCAUUCAUAUACGACUCUUAGGUUUCAGGUUUAGUCGUCUUUUCCAUGGAACUUCCAUUUCUUUGGAAAUGAUCAGUGUAAAAAUCCAUCCAAAUCUUUACAUUUUUUAGCUUUUGAAAGUGGAUUUUUAUUUUUUUUUUUAAACAAAAUAUGUGAAGGGAAAGUUUAUUGUCUGUAUUAUUUUUAUUUCUUCCUAUUAGAGUGGGUGACCUACAGCAUGCUACUUUUUUCAAAAUGGACUCCACACCAUGGUUAAUUAUACACAACUGGGGGAAUUCAGGGUAGCUCAUUACAUGUGACUUAUUUUUCAGGGACUAAAAAAAAUUAAGAAAAGUGGCACUUUCUCAAAAAGACAGUAAAUUCAGUGUUUUUGUCUUGUUCUACAAUAUUUUGGUGUUUUAGGCCUCACAUUUUAUUUUUGGGUAGGCGUCAACCAAAUGGAGUUUAAGAGAAGAGUUUAUUUGGAAAGUGUGUGGGGUUCUUCUGUUCUUGCUGUUUACAAAUACUACCAUAUUUUUGUAAAGUAUUUAUUACGUUGUAGUUAUAUCAUGCGAUGCGCAUGUCUAUUGUAUUGUGUUUUUAUGUUGUUUUUUUUUUGCUUUGUUUUUAUUUUUCCUCUGUUGGAAUGUGAUCACAUAUGUGGGACACAACCACCAAGUUUGAAGCUGGCCAUCUGUUAUUUUUGAUGUCCAUUAAGACGCAAUGCUAAAUAAAUUCACCCAAAGAG